UGAGGUUAUUCGGUACGUUCCUGGUGUAUAUCUGAGCUUAGAGAGAGAGAGAGAGAGAGAUAGAAUCUUAGACAUUCGAUCAUGAAUUCAUUCUUCAAGCCGUGAGAUAUAUCUGGGUCGAAUUAAACCAGAGGUAUGUGGAAUGUUUUCGUGCGUGGAAAGAACAGUGACCUGGCAACCUGACACAGCUGAACGUUGACCUUCUAAGGGUUUUUGGAUGAGCUACCGUCUAUCAUGAAGAAGCGAGCCAAUAAGGCCUCGGAGCUGGACGAUCCUUUGUGCUGCUGUGAGUAUGUGGACCGACAUGGUGGGCAGAGUCACAUGGCAGCGUGCUGCUGUGACUGUGAGGAUCUGGACGAGGCUUGUGACAGGUGGAUGAAGAGAGAAUCCCAAAAGCCGGAUUCGAUAUCUCGAGCGGCAGCCACGGUGACAGAUCGUCUGCGAGUGCCCUGGAUUUCAGGAGCUAAAAAAGUCGACCUAUCCCUGAUCCCACCUCUUAUCCUACUUCCUAUCCUCUUGCACAUUGCUGCUCUUCAUUACCUACUGGGUAUCGUGGUCCUGACGACGCUACCCGGCAUGGUGCUGUGGUAUUACUACUUCACCCACCGCAAGAAAGGACGCACGCUGUUCUUCCUCAGCUUGGCAUUGUUCUCCCUCUUCUAUAUGUACUACCUCUUCCUCACCGAGGUUGUGCCAAGAGGCGACGUCACCAACGUACAGCUGGGGAUCAUCACUCUAGGCAUGGUCCUUACACUCACAGCCCUCGUGCACACCAAGAGAGGCCCGGGCUACGUCAAGCCCAGUCCUGCUGACACGCACAGCACAGUGACGUAUUACAGCCUUCCCCCGGACGUAGACCCAGCCUACGAUGACGGCUCACAACAUCAGGUGGUGAUCACCAAUCGGACCGGUCCUGCCGAGCAAGCCGUUGAGUCCAGAGCUGUGGCAGGCGACGAGUUAGUGAAAGACCGCAGCAGGAGUAACUGGUGUCCAUUCUGCAAGCUGGUGCGACCUCCGAGAGCCGGACACUGCAGGAUCUGCUGCGCUUGUGUCCUACGCCUGGACCAUCACUGUGUCUGGAUUAACAGCUGUGUAGGUCAGGCCAACCAUCGCAGCUUCCUACUGACGCUCUUCUUCUUCCUGUUGACCUCACUGUAUGGGAUCAGCUUGGUGCUGCGCAGUGUGUGUCCCACCCAGAGCCUCCUGACCGCCUUGUUCUACUGCCCCGAUGUCUACAGUCAGUCCAGCUCGGCCUUGUGCUUCACCUGUGCUUGGUACAGCAGCAUCGUCACCGGAGGACUGUUUCACCUGCUGAUGCUGCAGCUGAUCAACGUCAGCACCAACGUGACAGAGCGCGAGGCUCGGGUUGCUCUGAGGGACAAAACGGGACGCAGUCUCAUAUGGGGCCUCAUCAUCGACACCGGUGUGUAUUCGCACGGCUUCCGCGCCAACUGGAUCGAAUUCCUCACCAUGGGUGAAACGGUGGAGCCUAAAGCCCUGAAACCUACAGAUCUGGUGUAGACAUUCUGCUGCUCAACAUCUAGGCUUUAAAGAAGUGUGACUUAUCGGAGCUCAUGAAAAGCUGUCAGAUCGGAUUGAAGCGUUACGCACAUGAAGAUACACCACAGUCCCAAGAUUAGGUCUAUUCCUCUGGGUUCAACCGAGUAGCAGAAAGGUUUUAUUUUUAUUUUUGUCCACCAGGUGGCAGCAAUAUAUUAUAUUUCAUCUGGCUAUAACCAAAAUGUCUUAUCAGUCUGGAGAUCAAACUGUUCACCAGAGCCAACAUCUGUGAGUCCAAAGCCAUAUAAAGUACACCAUAAGACCAUAACAUUCAGAGCUGCUGUGUCUCUGUCGUCGCUGCACAGAAUGUAAAGUAGUGUUGUCUAGACAUCGUGUCAUGAUCUAGCUUGAUUUAGUGCCUUGCUGGGACAUGCGAAGGAAAAAAUAAAAGAGACAGCCUACAACGCAGCCCUAUCCGGCUGUAAAACUCCGACGGCAUCACAGUGAAUGUGAAACGACGACCGACAGAUGUUGUGUGCGUGUCUUGUGUUUUUAUAUUGCUCAUAUGCACACGAGUGUUUAAUAUCUGUGUUAAACAAGCAUUGGAAUUGCAGUGUUUAAGAAAUCAGGUAAGAACGAAUACGUGAAGAUUCGUCUCAUUUCAAAGCCUUGUUAAAAACACACUAGCAACAAAAUAAAUAAAUAAAAAUGCAAGCUCAGAGAAGCACACAGGUUCCGUCUGUUUUUACCAAGCAGUGUUUGUUCUAUCUGUGAACCAUGAUGCAUCAGUGAUAAGCUGCUCAGAUUGAUUGUGACACAAAAAAAAAAAAAAGAAAACAUUUCCGAAAGACUGUUUUUUUUCUCUCCAUGAAUUCCAAUAAAGGUUGAGAUUGCGGUGAUUUCUUGUUAGUUGUGUGACCCCAGGCUCCACAUGGCGUCCAGCGGUGAGGCUCGGAAGUCCGGGAGGAUCUCAGACACUUUGUGUCGGAGUCGAUCUCUCCGCUCCUCUCGUCGUCUUUCCUCCUGCAGCAUCUCCGGGAGACGCCGCCAAGCAGAGAAGCAUCUCCUCAACACUCGCCUGAGGUGCACACAACAUUAAGUCAGCUUGUAAAACUCACAAAAAGGCUUGCGUUUCGUCAUGGUAAAUUUGCUGACCUGGCACUGUGCUCAUCAGCCUUUGUCUCUCUGUCCCAGGCAUCCAGUCUCUGUUGGAUUGCGUGAUCCAUCAGAACCUUAAACGCUUUCCUCUGAGUCCGAAUCGUGUAGAAAUGCUCAGCUCGUACCUCUAGUUCAGACUGUAUAUACAUAAACUGAGAAAAGACACAAGGGUUAAUCAGCAUAGAUGUCAGCAUAGUUAACAACUCGACUAUUCACUAAUCUAUUUUUUUUCCCCACUGUACAGUACAUACAACUGUCUAUUAUAUAUGUGUUCAUUUCUUAUCAUUGCCUAUAUGUUUACACUGUGGAGCUCCUGUACUAGAAAAAAUUCCUCGUAUGUGAAAACCUACUCGGCAAUAAAGACCUUUCUGAUUCUGA